AUGCUCUACAGCUUCAUUCUGUGGGCGGUAAUCGUGGGAAUAUUGUUUCUUUGGGCGUUGGGAGGACGCCUCGUUCGGUUUGAUCGAUCUGUGGUCAGGUCCUCCUCGCCCAAGCCCAUCCGCCAGAGUGCUCCCUACCGUCUUUCGCGAACAACCCAGGCGCUUGUCCGGCGACAUCUGCUCCCGGAAACCUUGCCUUGGGUGUUUGGACAUACCACACGUCUGCAAGUCCUCAUCUUCCUGAUUCUCUCCGGGUAUCUGCUGGUCUUCACCCUGGUGGGCAUCACCUACAAGACCUGGGUCACUCCCAUUAGCGGCAGUUCGCUCAACAACACGCGCAGUGGACUGGGCCCGUGGGCAGACCGCAUCGGCGUGCUGGCAUUCGCCCUUACGCCAUUGUCCAUCCUGCUCUCCAGCCGGGAGUCAUUGCUUUCGCUGAUCACCGGCGUUCCCUACCACCACUUCAACUUCCUCCACCGCUGGCUGGGAUGGGUGAUCUACAUUCAGUCGGCCAUGCACACCCUCGGCUGGACUAUUGUUGAGGGGAAGCUCUACCAGCCGCAGCCCGCGCAGUGGAACAGCUUCAUCGCGCAGCCGUACAUUAUCUGGGGCAUCGUGGCCAUGAUCCUGCUCUCCUUUCUGGUCUUCCACAGCACUAAGCGCGGCAUCCAGCUGACGGGCUACGAGUUCUUCCGCAAGGCCCACUACGUAGUCGCCAUGGUCUAUGUCGGGGCCUGCUGGGCGCACUGGUCACACUUGUACUGUUGGAUGCUGGCCUCGCUGGUGGUCUGGUUCCUGGACCGAGGGAUCCGCCUCAUUCGCGUCUUCGUGCUGCAUCAUCUGAACGUCCCGACCACGACAUCGUCCACCACUGGGGGGUUGCACAUCCCACACGCCGCCAUCCAGUUGCACCCCAACCCGGCUGAUGGCGACAUCAUUCGCCUUGACUUCCACCAUAAUCACGACCCUUGGCACAUCGGCCAGCACUUCUUCCUCUGCUUCCCGCAAUUGAGUCUGUGGCAAGCCCACCCGCUCACCCCCUGCAGCGUGCCAGACACUUUACCCACCGGCCAGCCGCACACCUACAUCAUCCGCGCCCGGAAGGGACUGACGCGGGAAUUGGCCCAGAUCGCACGCAUCUCAUCACAAGAUUCUCAACCGAGUGACGGUGAGACCACUACUAUGACGAGCGUCGGCCCGACCACCCCGGUGAUUCUCUGUGGGCCUUACGGCCAGUCCAUCAUGGAGGAAACUACGACCGCUGGAAGCAGCAACCUCCUCUGCAUUGCCGGCGGGACGGGCAUCACCUUCGUGCUUCCCCCACUACUCCAUUUACUCAGCAACACCUCCACCUCCAAAUGCCAACCGACGCAGCUCCUCGAGCUCAUCUGGAUCAUCCGCCGCAAGGCCGACACGCAAUGGAUCGCCCCGGAGCUCGACAUCCUGCAGCGCCUGGUAUCCACCCGCCCGAACACGUUUCGAGUUCGCAUCUUCGUCACACGGGAGACAGCGCCAGUACCUGAGGUCUCGGACCUUGAGAAAUCACCCUGCUGUACGGGAGCGAGUGCGUCGGACUCUGGGGUUGCCGUGCAGUAUACCCUCUCAUCUGAAGCCACUGCAGUCACUGGGACAGCGGCAGCGGCCCACAAGCAUCCCAACCUUGAGAAUAUUGUCGAGGAUUUUCUGGACCGGGUGGUCGAUGGUCCGACACGGGUGCUCGCCAGCGGUCCGGCGGGGAUGAUUUCCACGCUGCGGAUGGCGGUGGCAGGGCGGAAUCGACCGGGAAGGGUGUGGCGUGGGGAGGAGCGAUGGGAUGUGCAGUUGGUGCAUGAUGAUCGGGUGGAGUGGUGA